CCCACGCCCACGUCGCUCCGCCACCGCUUUCGCUCGGAAUAGCCUCUUCUCACCCACCGCCUCGGGAGCGACCAUCGACGACACGAACCCUUCACACCCUACCCCCCCUCGCAAACCGUCACGACGUCUUCACCACACGUCGCCAACAUGACACAGGCCGUCAAGCGGGCCUGCGACGCCUGCCAUCGUCGCAAGGUCAAGUGCGACGGCGUCAACCCGUGCCGCAACUGCCACACGGCUCAGCUCUCCUGCACCUACAAUGCCAUCCCACAGAAGAAGGGCCCCAAGGGCUCACGCGCAAAGGUCAUCAGCGAAUUGAGGGAAACUCAGCGACAGACCAGCCUGUCCGCCAGGGUCCAGAACCGCAUGAACGGAAUCCCGAACCCUCCUGGCCCCGCGGCCCUCGCCCCGACCCCCGGCCUGCUCUCGGCCGAUCUCGUCAAGGAUUGCCUCGAGUUCUACUUCGCAAACCUCUACGAGAAGAUGCCCAUCCUCGACCGCCGCCAGAUCGACCUGCAACUCCCCUACAUUGAACAGAACCGCGAUACCUACUGCCUCAUGACCUCGCUGUGCGCUUUCAUGAUGCUCCAGCCCGGCAUGUCGAUGCCCCCGGGCGACCCCUACAACCUCGAUGUAAUGCCCGGCGCCACCAUCGUCGCGAGUCAGCUGCUCUUGGACGAGACUUUGCAGGUGCGCAAAGGAUACGACUAUCUGGAAAGUAUGACUUUCAACACCCUCGCCACCAACUUCUUCGUGUACGGAUGCUACCACGGCCUCGAACUACACGACAAGGCUUGGUUCCAUCUCCGGGAGGCUGCAACCAUGAUGCACCUCAACGGCAUGAUUAAGGAAGAGACAUAUCACGGUCCACAAUGGGACAAUGCCGAGUCGUCUCGCAGGAGGCGCCUUUACUGGCUGUUCUACAUCAUGGAAAGGGCCCACGCCAUCCAGCGCCAGCGACCUUUGACACUGCAGGCCUCCAUCAACCCCCCCAACUCCGCCGACGACCCGAGCGACCCCCUCAGCCAUCAGCUCAACAGCUUUAUCAUGCUCGUCAACCUCUUCCGACCCUUUGACGACGCCUUCACCACCGUCUGGAACAAGACCCGGAGCAACCUCUACGUUGCGACCCUCCAGAAACAAUUGAACGAGGUCCUGCCUACAUAUCUCUGCCAAGAUGGCCAGCUGUCAGACCUGCGCACGAACCAGCAGUGGCUCAAGAGCACCGUCUGGCAGUUGACACACGGCAACAUGAACUCGCAGAACGAAGAGAACAUGAACUUUAAUUACCCCGUUGAUCUGUCCCGCGAGCUCUUGAUGACCUUGGCGUCUCACUUCCCUGGACAAGGCAUGGAGUUGAUGGGAUCCGGUUUGAUUGAAAAGCUGUUCGAGAUCAGCUGCAACAUGACCGAUUUCCUCGCUGUGCAACCCGCAGCCCGCGACCCGUUCACUGUCGGCCCUCGCGAGCAGCUCAACCAGACGCUCAACAUUGUCGCCGUCCUCCGUCACGGCGACCAUCGCUUCUUGCCCCUGCUCCUGAGCAAAGUUGCCGAGAUCAUGCCUCGCCUGACCAACCCCAUGCUGCAGAACGCGCCCGAAAACUCGAACCUGGGCAACAUCGACAUUUUCGAUGGCUUUGGCAAUGCGGGCAUGGCUCAGCCGCCUCCUCAGAUGCAGAUGCAGAUGGACACCGAGUACGAGCGCAAGUUUCCUUCCGCCGACUACGAAAAGAAGUACAACAUGUCGGACGUCAACAGCAGCAGCAGCGAGACCAACACCGUCGCUGCCUCGUCCACGGGUGCACCGUCCGUCCCUCCGGUGACUGCUGCAGAUAUCAACUCGCCUUUUGCUAGUUCACCCGCCAUCAUGUCUCCACCAAUGGAGUAUCCCCACAACGGAAUGAACGACUAUGGGUGCACUCCGAUGCCCGAUAUGGUCAUGAGCCCGAUGGGCCAAAACGCAUCGGCGAUGACUGGAUCAAGCACCAUCAACACUCAGCAUCAGCGCCAGCAGCAGUCGCAUCACUUGAUGCAGAACCAAUGCAUGACACCGCAGCAGCAGAUGCAGCCCGGCAUGAGUCAGCAUCAUCCUCACAACAUUCAACAAGGCAACAUCAAUUCACCGUCGAUCCAAGGGCAGCAGCAAGGCCUGGGAUCGGGCUCGAUUCCGACAUCACAUCCCAUGGGUCCGGGUGGGAAUAACCUGAUGAACUCCAUACCCCGGCAGCAGCCGCAGCGCGCUAGUAGCAGUUUCGCCAUCCAGCAACAGCCGAUACCACGCACCGUGGGCGAUUUCCAUGCUUUGCAACGGGCAAACUCCGACAUCCCGGGUCUAUCCGGCAUAGCCACGGAGAUGGAUUUUAACACGCUUCGUUGAACGCAUUUGAUGGUUUGGCGUUCGAUUUAUAAAAUUAUUUGGAGCAUUUGGCCUACUGCCACGUUCUACUUACCUUUUUUUUUUUUAAACAAGUCAGGAGCACCUCGACUUUUCUUCUCUUCGGCCCAUUUUCUUCUUUUUUUUUUACGACAACAGUUCGACGAUUCCUGCGAUGUUGCGCGCGCGGUUAGACACCGCGGCCCACCAAAUCUUUGGUGGAUCGCAGCGACACAAAAAAAAAAGGGGGGACCUGGAAUUGGAUCAACAUCGCGAAAUGCGGACUUUUUGUACAGGUUAGGGUCGCGCAGGAGCUUACACCUGUCGAUUGGGGCAUGGGACUGGGUGUUUUGGGGCGUACUGUUUUGGUCGAUUAUAAGCAACAUCAAGAGGAGGACUUGAGGGUAUAUGAGCAUGGCUGGCGUGAAAGUGGGUAUUCUGGCUACGGCCGAAGUUAGUGUGCAGAGGCAGCGAUACGUUUGUCGACUCUGACUCCGUCACGAUGCACGAACAAAGGUUGAAAAACGUGUUUGCACGCAAUUGGCAGACACAUGUCUUCCUACCGAGACUAGAAGAAUGAAGAAACUUGAAUUGACAUCUCUACCCU